AGUUAAGUCAGCUCGCAAAUCUUAUCGUCAUCAUUUCAUCAAUAUAAGAUUGUUUUCUAAGUACAUAUUGUGAUCAAACAAAGUAACAUCAAGUUAAAGAUGGAAGCCAAACUUGUGGUCGGAAGUGUGCUUAUACUGAGUAUGGCGAUGUGACACAAAUUCAAAGUAGAAGCAAAUAUCUGCUGUCCGACAGACUCAUAGAGAUAUCUUUAAUAAACGUCGUCUUCCAGGAACCCCAAAGUUUGUGUAUUAUCAGUGGAUGCACAAAUGUUCCAGGGAAUAGCUGCCUUGGGAGAUUUCCGUAUGAAUAUUCUCGUAAACUCUCAAGCAAGUUAUAUUUGUCACAAGAUGGAUCAAGAACUCACUUUAUUGCAUGUUUUUAUAGUAUUUUUGACUUUAGGUAAUAAUGUCAAUAAUGAAUACUAACACGGAGUCACCUACACAUUGUAUAACUGGUACGAAUUUAUUUUUUUCAGUUUUUUUCCAUGUAUCCACCAAUCAUGUGAUAACCAUGGGAGCAUUAAGUAAUUGACGAUUGUGUUGAAGAAGUACUAUUAUUUAAGAUAGUCUAGUAGUAUAUGACUAUUUCAUCAAAAUACAAGCUCAUAACUGUAAAUGUAUUGUAAAAAAUGGAAGGCAAAAGUGUGAUUUUAAGUUUGCUCAUAAUGAGUCUGGUCAUGGUGCAAAUUCAAGUAGAAGCAAGAGUCUGCUGCCCAUCCCAACAGAGUAGAAAUGCCUAUACAGCAUGCCGAAUUGCAUUCUCCAGGUCAAUUUGUCUACGUGCUAGUGGAUGCAUAGAAGUUUCUGGAAAUGUCUGCCCUUCAGGAUAUCCUAACGACAUUCUCGAAAACUCUGGUGAUAAUGCUAACGAAUACUGCAAGUUGGGGUGUACAUCCUCGGUGUGUGGUGCCAUGACCAGUCUCCAUAACUCGGGUGCAGGUGAAAUUGUGAAUGAAACGUUUGAACAGUGUGCUAAUGCAUGUGCUACUUUCUGCAACAAGGGCUCUGUUAAGCCUGCAGCUGAAACUGCCUAAAGAACCACCAUAUCUAAGAAAGUAUCACAUCUAAGUGUUGGUUGAUGUCUGUGUGUAAAAUUGUUGUUAUGAAAAUGUGCUCAAAAUGUUAAGACUUUGGUGCUAGUAUUUUAAGAAGUUGUUUCUGGUUUGUGUAUGCGUUUAGAAGGUUAUCGACCUAUAUUGUAUAUGCCUUCUACUUGCUAUCAUCUAAAUAAAGAUUAUAUGCGUGGUCUUUUUUACCAUA